AUUUGAAUGUGGGGUUGACGUGAUGCCGUCGUUAAUGCCAUUAGUCAUACCUAGGAGUUACCACCGCUAGGCACCGUUUAAGCUACGUAAUGUGUAACCAGCUGUGAACCAGUUCCCGACGCACUGUCAGCUCGUAACACCUGCUAAAAUGAUGGGCAAACUGUGUCAGAAAUAAAGCGUCUUGUUCAUCAACAGAACGAUUCGUCUACGCCUAUAGAUCGCAUAUUUUUCUCUCUCUGGGGUAAAUUCUACACGCCACGCUGAGUAUUGGAGUGCAAAGGAUUACGCAGCGAUCACAAUGUCUGCUGUUGGUCGAAUACUGUUUUCCGGCAGCGGCAGGAGAAGAAAAACCUCGCGGCAGGAAUUGGCGACGUCUGGGAGCCCUGCUGGUCUUGGUCCGCCGGUGAUUUUCAACUCCCCGCCGCCUCCAUCGGAGCCCUUUGGUGAUGACUAUCGGUGCCGACCUGUUUUCACGUCUGGUUCCACGUCACCAGAUGCCAGUCCAGUUGCACGUAACUUCAGUGCCAAGAGACAGAUUUCAAAAUCUACAGGGGGUAAUCGAUCAAGUAAAAGCAAUUCACUAAGCAGCAUUGGUUCAGACUAUGUAGACAGUGCUAUUAUGGACCAGGAGGAUAUAAUACAACUUACACAAGAAGUCCGAAAUUUCUCUGAUGCACUGGGAAAACUGAAAACUAUAUUUCAAGUAGAUGGAGAGCGAGCCGAAACUCCUCGUGUAGCUGCCCAUGAGAGAUUGAAGGAGCUGCUUCACAUACUACGCAAUGUACUUAAUAAAUAUCCGGCGUUACAUUCAACGGAUAUCCACACCGCUGCAGUUAUACUUAUCAGCCAAAUCAAAGGGUUUACAAGCGAAUAUGACAGCGAGGACCAUACCGAGUUUUACAACGCCAUUGAUCAGUUGGCAUUGGCGUUCAGUAGUAGUGUAUCUGAAUACUUAAUGGGUGAUUUGGACCAAUCACCAACACCGACAGCGAGCAUAUCUCAGACACGAUCUUAUGAUAAUUUAUCUUCUCCUAGUCUCAGUUCUGAUGGAGGUUAUUUAGCUCUCGAUGGCAAAGAACCUGUAUGUAUGUCGCCAGAGGAAAUCGACAACACUCUUUUAGCAAAUGAAUUAGGUGUGGAUCUAGCGUUACAACGAGCCAAAGCAUGGUCUAAAUAUGCCAAAGAUGUCAUGUCAUAUGUGGAGAAAAGAAUUCAUAUUGAAACUGAGUUUUCAAAGAGUCUUGCCAAAUUGGCUCAUACGACUAUACCAGUAUUGGCAGAGGAGAGUUAUUUGCCAUUACAGUCCAUAUACUGUACAGCGUUACAACAAGACAUUGAAUACGCCCGCAAUUGUGAGGUUACGUACAGUCAGAUACAAGCGCAUAAAUUCUUAGAGCCUUUGUGUGUGAGGAGAACUGAACAUGAAAAGAGAAGAAAAGAGCUAAAGCAAACGUGGAUUCGAACAAAGAAAGAAAUGUUGGAUUGUAAAGCCAAUUUAGAGAAAGCAAGGCUGUUGUAUGUGCAGAAGCAGCAGGAUUAUGAGAAGGCAAGAGAUAUGGCUAUAAAAACAGAGUCAGAUACACUGGGUUCUAGUUCAGGGCAUGCUAAAUUAGAGAAAAAGAAGAAAGCAGAAGAAGAGGCACAAAGAAAGGCAGAUGAUGCUGCCACAAUGUAUAAAGCAUGUGUUUUUGAAGCAAAUAGGAAACAGGGAGAGAUGGAAGAUACAAAGAGAGAUUUAAUCGUCCAACUUCGUGAGUUAAUCUAUCAAUGUGAUCAGACGAUGAAGGCUGUUACUGUUGGAUAUUUUCAGCUUAUGAAUUCGUUAUCAGCUCCUGCCCCAGUACAGUUUCAAGCACUCAGUGGGCCAUGUAGAGAAUAUGAACCGGGUGCACAGUUUAGUGAAUUUAUUAGACAUCAGCCUGUUGCCCCAAACAAUAAACCUUCUGAAGCAUUUACUUUUGAACCUUAUGUUAGUCAUGCCAAGGAAAGCCCACCUGGUCUUAAUCAUAGAAGUAGUAGUCAUUCAAUGAGCAGUACGGGUAGCGGUGAAUUAUCAGAAGACUGGUUAGCCCGAUCAACUCUCAAUGCUAAGCCUAAUCAUAGUGGUACAGAGAAAUCACGUAGUACAUCACAGCCGAUCCAGGCAUGGAGUCAGCAACAAAUCAGUGACAGUGAGAGUGGAAGUAGCAGCCGAUCACAAGACCCAUCGCCGUCAGCAAGCCCACACGACUUGAAGCGAAAACUGGAUCGAGAAAUUUCAAAUACUACUAUGUCAUCAGGUGAUGAACUUGGAGAUGGUGAAGAACAUCAUCCAUUGCAUAUAGACACACGUCUUCUACCAAGCCAUGAAGGGAAAUUCAAGAAUGUACCUCAGUCGAAAGCUGCACAGACCCACGUCUUUCGUAAACUGAGAGCAUCCUCCAAGUGUCGUGAAUGUGACAGUUACGUGUACUUUAAUGGAGCCGAGUGUGAGCACUGUGGAAUUGCAAGCCACAAGAAAUGUCUGGAGUCUUUAGCUAUUCAGUGUGGAGGCAAAAGACUUCAAGGCAAAAUGAACGUGUUUGGUGUUCGGUUAAAGGAACAUUUACAAGCGACUGGUAAAGAAGUGCCGUUUAUCAUCAGUAAAUGUAUAUCUGAAUUACAGUAUCGGUCACUUUGCGUUAAGGGUCUCUAUAGGGUAGCGCCUGUCAAAGCUAAAGUGGAAAAAUUGUGUCAGACUUUUGAAAAUGGCGCUGAUUUAGUUGAUUUAUCCGAUACCCUGCCUCAUCUGAUAACUAGUGUACUUAAACUCUACUUUAGACAGCUCCCGGAACCUCUGCUGACAUUCCACCUGUACCCAGAAUUCAUUGCCAUCGCUAAAGAAAGUUUAACUAAUUCAAAAGACAUGGGGGAGGAAAGAAUUGUGAAUCUAUUAAAAGGAACCAUUUCUAAAUUACCAGAAGAAAAUUUCAAGACUUUAGCUGUAUUGGUUCACCACUUGAAAAGGGUUUCUGACAACAGUGAUUCAAACCUUAUGUCUGCUAGUAAUCUCGGUAUUGUGUUUGGACCUACUCUAUUAAGACAAAGCAGUGAAGGUGCGGCCACACUAGCAUCCUUGGUUGACACACCACAUCAAGCAAGAACUGUGGAAUUACUGAUUCAUAACUGGCAGAUAUUUGGAAUGCCAGAAGAAGACAUUAGCAGUAGAGGAAUUGAAGUGCCAACAACCGAAUCAACUGAUGGAAGGAGUAUUCAUCGACUUAGGCGGUCCAAUUCACAGGAAGAAGACCCCCCAUCAGCCUUCAGUAGAUCACCCAAAUUUUCGUUGACAGGCAGUCAUGAGAAUAACAAUGUUGCCAUGAUUGCUCAUGAUUCUGGAGAUGAUGGAAGUCUUGAUAACAGCUCUUUGGGUGAACCAACACCCCGGCUAACAGGUGACCAUGGCGAUGAUUCUGGUUCGGAGGAUGAACAUCCAACGGAUUCAGAUGAUGAUGACGUGGUCGUGCCAGUCUCAGCCAAAAAAGUACCACCACCGAGAAGACCAAAGACAAAAAACUUUACUAGUUCACCAGAACUAAGUCAUACCACUGUGUCACAAUCUAGGCCAAUACAAACUGUGAAACAGACGGCCUUAUCCACUGCCUGUUAUGUGCCGAGUAAGACUACACAAAGUGGGAGACCAUCCUCUCAAUACACUACAACAGAAUCUCAGGUUAUUCCAAAGUCAAGGACAUCUUACAUGGCAGCGGGUAACAACAGAUCACGGGUAUCUACAGGGUCAUCUGUUGGGUCAAGUUUGGACGAUGAUCUGUCAGGAUCAACUGGGAGUAUACCCGGUGUGUCUACUACACCACCCAGACCACUGCCUCACCAGACAUACAGCCCGUCUCAGACAAAACGUGAACCUAAAUUUGUGUGAAAACAUUCUGCUGAUCUGAAAUGAUGAGAUUUUCUUAGUUGCUAUGCAACACAACUUAGUUCAAGACCAGCAAGCAUGAAGGAAUGCACAUUUUUACCAUGAGUGUAUU